GAAAACAAAAAAGAGGUUGGUUUGCUACCGAUAAUUGCUCACGCCUUACUGGAAGAAAUUAGUAAUAACGCUCCACUUGACCGUUACACUCUUAAAAUUCUUGACAAAUGGCAGGCAGAAGAGAAUGUGGAUGCUGACGAGCAACAGUACUUGAGGUAA